AUGGUAUGCUCAUACAAUGUGGUAGUCCCUGAAGAGGACAGUGAAACACAUCUCCUCCCAGUAUUGCUCUCUCACGACAACGACAGAACCGUCCUUCCCGCACACCUCGGCCACAUACUCAUCCACAUCCACGUCACCCCCGCCCUCAAAUACUCUCUCCACCCCUCCGACCGCUCACGACGUCUAACAACCACCAUCACCACCACCCAACGCCUCGGCAUCGCCCACGAACACACCACAAACGAACGCGCCGUCUUCCUCCACCUCUACAUCGAAUUCAUGGUAGAGUACCUCGGCUUAUGCUUGGCGGAAGGAGACGACCAGAUUGGUACGCCCGUUAGUGCAUCGGUUUGGGAGUCACGGGUGUGGAUGCUGCGUAUCGUCAUUGCGCGGAUUUGGAUCGGUUUCCAGAAGGCUUCUUCCGGCUCGGUCGACUACAACAUGGUUCGGGGAUUCGAGGCUCUACAAGCUCCUUCAAAGAGCCUGUUCACGCAAUGCCGUAAGGAAGUGCUAAAGUCUGAGCUGCCAUCAUACGUACACCCGGACGUCUUUCACAUGCUAGAGAUGAAGGCGGCACUGGCCCUAAGGGACGAUUUGGACUAUGUUUUCGGGUGUCUACAGCGAUUCCGAAUGGAGAUCAGGGUCAAAGGGAUGGAUUCAAUCAUAGCGGAAGCUGAAGCCAAGGAGACGUUCUUGAAAAAGAAGGGUAUGCUGGAGAGGAUUCGCAGGCGAAAGGGAAUGUUCAGCCCGUUUGUCGUUGUGUGA